UCAGAGUUAGAAGCAUCAAUAUUCAGUUUCUUAGUUUAUUUCUAGAAGAUAUCAAACCAUGAGUUUGCUCGGUAAGCUAGAAGCUCAUUUAGAGAUCAAGGCUCCACCUGAAAAGUUUCAUGAGAUAUUCACUCAUAAGCCACACCAUGUUUCCAGUAUCACCCCCGACAAGAUUCAUGGUUGUGAUUUACAUGAUGGUGAAUGGGGCACAGUCGGCAGUAUUAUUUGCUGGACUUACUUUCACGAUGGAAAGAAAAAGAUCGGAAAAAAGAUUGUUGAGGCCAUAGAUUUUGGGAAACACUUGAUCAAAUUCAAGGUGAUUGAAGGAGAUGUCAUGGAGGAGUACAAGAGCUUCUCAAUUACUAUCCAACUUACCCCAAAAGAAAAUGGUGAAGGCAGCAUAGCUCACUGGCUUCUGGAAUACGAGAAGAUAAGUGAGGAAGUUGCACAUCCAGAAACUUUGCUCACUUUUAUCCUCGACAUAUCCAAGGACAUUGAUGCUCACCUGACCGAGUAACCAUAAUAUAUAUAUAGCAUGGUGUUUGUGAUCUGAGAGAACUUUGUAUGUUAAUGUUCUUUACAUUAUUAUAAUAAUGCAUGUCCAAUAAAUUAUAGCUUGUAUUUUGCAUGUGGUGUGUAAUCAUUUUAUAAUGGUGUCAAUUUCCUCUUGUUUGGAGUUUCAUCUCUGCAACUACUUAAAGACUUCAUGUCUAAAAUAAAUUAUGAUUAAUGGAGUUUUAUAUGUAUUGAUGUGGACCAA